AAUGGUAUUUAAGUAGGAUAAUUUUAAUGAUUAAUCGGCAAUAUCAUGCAACACUUUCCUAAGCGUAAAAUGUAAUCAUCACUCGGAUAAUUAAAAUAUGCACUAAUACACUUUUUUUUAAACCAGAAAAAUGUCAUCGGUAAUGCCUUUCUUGUCACACACGUACUUAAAAUUCUCAUAUAUACUAUUGCUUAUUUGUGUUAUAAACAUUUAUUGCUUGGAUGUAUUGAAGAAAACAAAUAAUGAUUUAACAAAUCUGCAACUGAAUCAUCAUGUAAAUGCUACUUUGAACACUAGUGAGUCCACCAAAGUGAAAUGGCCGAAUAAAAAGAGACGUCAGAGAUUUCCAGAAUCAAAAUCGUUCUAUAGACGGAGUGAUUUAAUCGAAUCAGACAAAAAUGAUAUUAUAAAAAUGAAAGCUGUACUAAAUAAUACUGCAUUAUUACCAUGUCGCCCAGAUAAGAAAUUAUUAACUGAAAAUGGCAUAGAUGAUAAUACAAAGGGAACUUUGUUAUGGAAACGAACUAAAACCAAUGAUUAUCUAAUUCAUAAUAAUCGACGACUUCAUCCAGAUACUCGAUACAUACUUGAUAUGUCAUCAUUUGAUCAGACUAUACUGGAUCUUCGAAUUGAUCGUGUACAGAGAACAGAUGAAGGGGAAUAUGUAUGUCUCUAUUCAAAUGGUCAAACAGUUUAUAAACAGCGUGUUUACCUUAGUAUACUUGUACCUCCAGUUAUCUCUGAAAACAGCUCCAGUUCUACACGAGUGAUAGCACAUGAAGGUGAGGCUGUUGUUUUACAGUGUAAAGCAUGGGGUGUACCAGAGCCUAUUAUUACAUGGUAUUUAACGCCAAAAGAAGGACGCCAGUAUCGAAUAUAUGAAGCAACGGAUAAAAGAUUUACAAUUAAACCAAAUCAGCUGAUAAUUUCAAAUAUUACUCGAGAUCUACAUGGAACUUACAAGUGUCUUGCACAAAAUGGACUGGAGCAAAAUGCCUGGCGUGUCAUCGACCUUGAUGUUCGUUAUCCACCCACCAUUGAAAUGGCCAAUUUAAAACUUGGACAGUUACUUAGGGGUACAACCAUGGUGCGUGCUGUGAUUGCUGGUAAUCCAAUCAAUUUGUUCUACUGGGAAUUCGAAGGAAGGCCAAUACACGGGCCUAAUAGUAACUGUCUCAUACCAAUGCCAAAUGAAAAGUAUUGCAUUCUUAUCGACAAAGCAAACUCUAAACAUGGGAUAAUCAGAACAACCUUGUUUAUAGCUAAUUUGACUGCAGCUAAUUAUGGAUACUACACAUGCGUUGUUGAAUCGCCAUUUGGUACAUUUCGUAAUAGUACAGAAGUAUUUAGAACAUACUCCUCUCCAGCGUCAACAUGGGAUAACCCAUUUGGAGCAAGUUAUGAACAUCAUGUCCCAAGUUUAUUGACAAACUAUCAAGGUUCAUAUGAAAAAAUGUCGGAAAAAUUAAACAAACGUGCAACUUACCUCACUCAAGAUCGCUUAAAACCAUCAUUAUCUUCAUCAGCAGUGGAAAACAAUUACGCUUCAAUAUCUUCUGUCUCUUCGUUUAAUCAACGUCAACCACCAGUUUGUCCUUCAUGUUCAAAAUAUAAAGGCAGUAAAGAUUCAAUCAAUAUCCUCCCAAAUCCCAGAACAAUGAUACCUUCCAAUGAAUACGGCUAUUUAAGUAACUUAUCAUACAGUUUAAGAAUACCAUUAUCGUUAUUCGAUUUACUAUUGUUAAAUGUCUUUAUCUCAGUUAUGUGUAAGUAUUUCUCUUGAAAUAUGGAAUUCAGGAUAAGACGCUGAAACAAUGAAAUCGCAACACAUAUACAUAGUGUAUAAGUGAGAUUUUUUUACAAAUACUCAACACUUUCUUCCAUUCAUUUGCAUCUGUUUGAUAAGUUUAAAUGCAGCGCCAUCAAGUUGACGCUGACCUUCACCAAUUUGUUUUGUGCUAGCAAAUACAUCUCCUUCUUACAUAAACAUUGUCAUCUUUCUUUCUAUGCACGGAUUUAUUUAUUCAUUUAACAUGUAUAUUUGCGAAG